AUGCAGCCCCUCCGCGAGUCCUUCCCGCACGGACAUGGCGUGCAGCACCAGCUGCGGGGCCUCUCCUCCGCCACCGCCCUCCGGCUGCAGUCGCUGCCGCACGGGGCCGAGCAAAGGAAGAGGAGGCGCGCUGGGUGCGGGAGGGCGAGCCCCGCCGCCCUCCGGCUGCAGUCGCCGCCGCGUGGGGCCGUGCAAAGGAAGAGGAGGUGCGCCGGGUGCGGGAGGGCGAGCCCCGCCGCCCUCCGGCUGCAGUCGCCGCCGCGUGGGGUCGUGCAAAGGAAGAGGAGGUGCGCCGGGUGCGGGAGGGCGAGCCCCGCCGCCCUCCGGCUGCAGUCGCCGCCGCGUGGGGCCGUGCAAAGGAAGAGGAGGUGCGCCGGGUGCGGGAGGGCGAGCCCCGCCGCCCUCCGGCUGCAGUCGCCGCCGCGUGGGGCCGUGCAAAGGAAGAGGAGGUGCGCCGGGUGCGGGAGGGCGAGCCCCGCCGCCGCGUGGGGCCGUGCAAAGGAAGAGGAGGUGCGCCGGGUGCGGGAGGGCGAGCCCCGCCGCCCUCCGGCUGCAGUCGCCGCCGCGUGGGGCCGUGCAAAGGAAGAGGAGGUGCGCCGGGUGCGGGAGGGCGAGCCCCGCCGCCCUCCGGCUGCAGUCGCCGCCGCGUGGGGCCGUGCAAAGGAAGAGGAGUCGCCGCCGCGCGGGGCCGGACAAAGGAAGAGGAGGCACGCCGGGUGCGGGAGGGCGAGCCCCGCCGCCCUGCGGCUGCAGUCGCCGCCGCGCGGGGCCGGACAAAGGAAGAGGAGGCGCGCCGGGUGCGGGAGGGCGAGCCCCGCCGCGCGGGGCCGGACAAAGGAAGAGGAGGCGCGCCGGGUGCGGGAGGGCGAGCCCCGCCGCCCUCCGGCUGCAGUCGCCGCCGCGCGGGGCCGGACAAAGGAAGAAGAGGCGCGCCGGGUGCGGGAGGGCGAGCCCCGCCGCCCUCCGGCUGCAGUCGCCGCCGCGCGGGGCCGGACAAAGGAAGAGGAGGCGCGCCGGGUGCGGGAGGGCGAGCCCCGCCGCCCUCCGGCUGCAGUCGCCGCCGCGCGGGGCCGGACAAAGGAAGAGGAGGCGCGCCGGGUGCGGGAGGGCGAGCCCCGCCGCCCUCCGGCUGCAGUCGCCGCCGUGCGGGGCCGGACAAAGGAAGAGGAGGCGCGCCGGGUGCGGGAGGGCGAGCCCCGCCGCCACCGGCGCAAGGAAUUGAGGGGGGAGGGUGGGUGGGUGUGGGAGCGCAUGCAGCUCCGCCGCCGCCGGUACGUGGGAAGAUGA